UUUUUACCGCAUUUUGGAUCCUUUUUAUUUAAAAACCCUGACUCGUUAACCCUAACUCACUCAUUCCCAAUCCUUUCCUUCUCAACUCCUAUAAGCGGUGUAUUUAUCACAACUCAUAAGAAGUGGGUGGCACAUAUCGGAAAAAGGUGGAGAAAUGGAUGUCAAAGAACCCUUUCCACCAGCACUACGCAUUUCUCUCGAAACACUUCACUUACUGUUCGUGCCCCAACAUCGAUAGUGCUGGCUGUCAACCUUACCCCAUUUGAUGCACCUCAACGCUCAGAUGAAUGGUUUGCCCUUCGUAGGAACAAACUAACGACAAGUACCUUUAGUACAGCUUUGGGUUUUUGGAAAGGAAAGCGCCGCUCUGAACUCUGGCACGAAAAAGUUUUCGCAGCUGAAACACAGGUUCUCGAAUCUUCUACUAGGUGUGCUAUGGAAUGGGGUGUGCUCAAUGAAGUAACUGCUAUUGAGAGGUACAAAAGUAUCACAGGUCAUGAGGUUAGCUCUUUAGGAUUCGCUAUCCAUUCAAAAGAGAAGUUUGAUUGGCUUGGUGGAUCACCGGAUGGUCUUCUUGGUUGUUUUCCUGGAGGUGGUAUCUUGGAAGUGAAGUGUCCUUACAACAAAGGUAAACCCCAGAGUGCUCUACCGUGGUCAACCAUGCCAUUCUAUUAUAUGCCUCAGGUUCAGGGUCAAAUGGAGGUAAUGGAUCGAGAAUGGGUUGAUUUGUAUUGUUGGACACCAAAUGGAAGCACGAUAUUCCGCGUGUGUAGAGAACGUAGUUAUUGGGAUCUUAUGCAUGGGAUUUUGCGGGAAUUUUGGUGGGGAAACGUAAUGCCUGCUAAGGAGGCCUUAUCACUAGGCAAGGAAGAGGAUGCCAAGACAUAUGAACCUUCAUCCACACACAAGCAAACAGGGCUUGUAAUUUCUAAGAGCAUAAAGUUAGCUAGUGAAGCAAAGAUGAUAUGUAGGGAGAUUGCAGGUCAUAUUGAAUUUUAUAAAUGAUCUGGUGGAGGAUUGCUAACCGGUUGGGAUACCUUUGCUUUCACUUCCUCCUUAGUCUUGCCUUUGACUUGCGGUUCAGCGACCACGGGGCGCUCUCCUUCAACAUGUUUUGCCACAAAAGUUUUCUCCUGACCAUCAACAUCAACCCCCUUCGAACCUGGAAACGGCUUUAGUUGCUUCCUAUAAGCCUUGUCCAUGGUAAAAGGACCAUAGAGGCUCCUAUACAAAGUGUGAGACUGCAAUUUGCAUUUUUUUACUAAAGAAAGGGGUAAAUUAGCCCCUGUAAAUA